AUCAUCGGCGCUCUGCGCGCAACAGGACGCGCGCUGUGAACUAUUCCGGGGAGGGAGGAAGGAAGGAAGGAAUACGAGAUCCGAUCGAUCCGAUUCAUUGUCGCAGACCCCUUUUCUCCCGCAGGAAGAGGCUGAGAAAGCUAUGAAAGUGUGCCGUGUUCGGUUCCUGUACGUCCUGGUGUUGAAUGCAGCCGUGCAGCACGUGACGUCUCUUGCGGAGGAGCGCACCGGUUCUAUUUUUGAUAACGCACUCGACCCCCCGAAGGACCUGUUCCCCCACAAGGAUGCCGGCGAUCGAACCGUCGCCAAGUUCUCCCUGCGCAAACCCUCCCGCCCCGACGACGACCUGUGCUACAUCGUUCCUGGCAGACCGGACUCCCUGGCGGCCUGCACCUUCAACAGCACCUCCAAGACCUUCCUGGUGAUCCACGGAUGGACGCUGAGUGGGAUGUUUGAAAGCUGGGUGACGACGCUGGUUUCGGCUCUCUACGCCAGGGAGAAGACGGCCAACGUGGUGGUGGUGGACUGGCUCGCCUCGGCACAGAACCACUACGCGGUCGCCGCUCGGAACACCGAGGGAGUGGGGCACGAGGUCGCUCGCUUCAUCGACUGGAUCGAGGAAACCACCAACAUGCCUGUAGAGAACCUCCACCUGAUUGGCUACAGCCUCGGGGCCCAUGUGGCAGGAUUUGCCGGAAGCCAUGCAACUAAUAAAGUCGGAAGAAUAACUGGUCUGGACCCGGCCGGUCCCGAAUUUGAGGGCGAGCGUGCUCACAGGCGUCUGUCCCCCGACGACGCUCGCUUCGUGGACGUCCUCCACACCUUCACGGGGGGCUCCCUGGGCCUGAGCAUCGGGAUCCAACAGCCCGUCGGCCACGUCGACAUCUACCCGAAUGGAGGCAGCUUUCAGCCGGGCUGCAACCUCAGAGGGGGCCUGGAGAAGAUCGCUAACUUAGGCUUGUUCGCUAUUACCGACGCGGCCAAGUGCGAACACGAGCGCUCGGUGCACCUGUUCAUCGACUCUCUGCUGAACGGGCGGGAGGCGGCCGUGGCCUACAGGUGCGGCAGCAAAGACAUGUUCGACCGCGGCGUGUGCCUCAGCUGCCGGAAGGGCCGCUGCAACGCGGUGGGCUACGGCGUCAGCAAGGUGCGCAGGGCGCGCGGCGUCCAGAUGUACACCAGGACCCGGGCCUCCAUGCCUUUCAGAGUUUACCACUACCAGCUGAAGAUCCGCUUCUCGGGCCGCUCGAAUCGUUCGGAGGCCGAGCCGCCGCUCACCGCCUCGCUGCACGGAACCAAAGGAGAGGCCGAACACCUGGAGCUUAAACUAAAGGAGAAGAUAGCGACGAACAAGACCCACUCGUUCUUGCUGGUGACAGAGAAAGACAUCGGAGAUCUGCUGAUGCUGACGUUCAGAUGGGAGGAGACAAAUGGUUGGUCGGCCUCCAGCGUGUUGAAGAUGGUUUCUUCCUGGUGGUCCGCUGACUCGGGCGGCACCGGCGCGGAGGUUCACAAGAUCCGCAUCCGAGCGGGCGAGACCCAACAAAAGAUGGUGUUCUGUGUAGAAGACAGUAAAGCUCAGGAAUUAACACGAGAAGUCACAUUUGUUAAAUGUAAGGAUGCGUGGAGGAGAACUCCGAAAAGGUAAGGUACCCAAUGCCUUCUUCCCCAUUGGAGGGUAUUUUUGGAUAUAUUUUUUUUACCUGGAUCUUCCACCAAAAUGAACUUCCUUCUUCACAUGAAAUGAGAAGAAACGCUGACCGUGGAGAAAAGAAUCCAUCGUUCAACGCCUUUGAGCACUUUUUGAUUCACACGCCUUUUAACGUACGUUGGUUAUUUAAAAAAAAAAAAAACUUGUGUGUGAAUACUGUAAAAUAUGUAUGCAUCGAUUUUUUUUAUGAUACUCACCGUCAUUUCAUUGUAGCACAAAAAAAAGAGAGGUCACAUCAGAGAGGUGUGACCGAACUUAAUAGUUCGUAAUGUACCGAUUGUGAGAAAUACCUCAAGUUAAAUCUCACAUGACGUCCACGGUGAAGAAUAAUACCUUGCAGGCACUUUUCAUUGCUGCUAGGAAGACUUUCCGAAGGUUUUUGUUGCAAUGGGGUACAGUUUAUUCAUGUAUUAUCUUACUGGAGCCCUGUACGUGACAGUGGGAUCUGUAACAGUGGACCUCGCUGCAGAUCAAGCUUGUCUUACCUUAGUUACUGCAUUCUAUGAACUUUUUGAAACAUCCUAACAUUCAAGCAUUUCUUUGCGUUUCUGUAACUUAAAUGUCACUUAUCUGCCGUCACCUUUUUUGCUAUUUUCAUACUUAAAUUUCCAUUUCUGGGAGCAGGAUCUAAACUUGACUUGUUGACAUACCGUGAUCACUGCGACUCCAUCUUCACCUACUUUAGCAAUGCAGAAAUGUUUGCACUGAAAACAAGGGAGAUUAUUAAAGUUACCUGUAGAGUUGUUACCUGUAAAUACCGCAGUACAGAUGUUGGAUUUUGUAGUCCGGAACACUGUUAUAUAUUUUUACGUCUAGAUAGAUUCAAUCUGUAAAAUGAAUCCACUUUGUACAUAUUUGUAAAUAUUCACUGCAUAGUAUAAAUUCUUUAAUAAACCAAAACCGCCAUCUGGGUGUCUGACUUCUAUUUAUCAGGUUGUGACGGUGAAAAACAAAAAUAAACUUUACAAUC